GCCAUGGUAUGCCCUACGAGGCUGUGACCACUUUUUUCUCUCCUCUUUUCCCGUGCUUGCUUUUUAUCGCCUUUAUAUACCUUCCUUGUGUCACGAUAAUGGAAUGGCUCAAAUCGCCCAACCAGCACCAUAGACCCCUUCACAACCAUCGGUCUAGCUGACAACAUUAUCAACUUCAUUGAAUUCGCCUGCAAAAUAGUAUACGGCGGUUGCCAGAUAUUAAACUCAGCAAGUGGAAUGACCCCCGAGAAUACGACAUUGAGCGUACUCCUGGAUGACCUGAAUGCGUAACAAAAGGCCUACUGGUUGACUUACCUGGCCCUAAUCGAACCGAGAAUGAAGAGGAACUUUGCCGCUUGGCUGCUGCUUGUCAUGAGCUUUCUAUGGAGCUCGCUGAGGCUCUCAGCCUGUUGAAGGUGACCGACAAGAGGUCAAGGUGGCAGAGCAUGAAGGUGAAAUGGCGGAAUAUACGGAAAGAAAGGAAUAUCGAGGCUAUAGAGCGGAGGUUGAGCGAAUUUCAAUCGAGACGGCAAAACAACUUCAUGUUAUCCGAGACGAGAUCACGACGACAAUACAAGCGUUUCAAUUGCAAUCGAGGCCUGUAUCAAGCUCCACGGAGACUUGACAACUCCCCGAGCUUGUCUCAUGGAUCAUUGGGCAAAAUAGGCGUCUUGUUAGUAAAGCUUCAAAACGUCACAACUUCUAUCUCUAGCGAAAACCACAUCCUUCAGCGUCUGAUGUUUUCGUUCAUGUACCAACGGGAAGAUAGCAUCAGCGAUGCGGUGACUGGAACGUUUGCAUGGAUGGUCAAUGAAAGUGACAAUAAAGCGGGGAGCCAGCAAAAAGACAUCUUAGAAGAUGAUGAAGAAACCAUGCGACAAAGAACCAGACAAGCAUUUCUGACAUGGCUCAAAUCAGGCCGUCAUAUCUUUCACAUCUCCGGAAAAGCCGGCUCCGGGAAAUCAACAUUGAUGAAAUUCCUGGGCCAAUCCCCCCGAGUCCAACAUGAGCUGCAACGCUGGACCGGAGAUAAGCGACUGAUCUUUGCACAGUUUUAUUUCUGGGGCUCGGGAGACAAACUACAAAUGUCUCUCGAGGGCUUGUACAGACCUCUUCUGUUCGAGGUCUUGAGACAGUGCCCUGGAUUAAUACCGUGGUGCUUUCCUGGAUUUUGGAACAAUUUGGUGUCUGGAACUGCGCUUUCACACCAGGCCCCAUUUCGUUUCGAGGAAAUAAAAGCUGCAUUCAAUCGCUUAAUGAGCGAGAAAGUCACAUCAAGCCACCGUAUCUGCCUCUUCAUCGACGGACUCGACGAAUACGAAGGCGACGAAGUAGACCACUGGCGCAUAUCCCACGAUCUUCAAUCCUGGACAAACUCGGAGAACGUGAAGCUCUGCAUCAGCAGUCGCCCACACGUUCCUUUCCUCCAUUCCUUCGCAACAGACAUGAACAUCCAAAUCCAAAUCCACCAGCUCACUCAACGCGAUAUUCGGAAGUUCGGCUUGGCAAUGUUUGGAAUGGACCCUAACUUUGAUCAAGUCAAGCAGACGUACAGAUAUUUAGUGGCUGAGAUUGAGAGACUCUCGGAGGGCGUGUUCCUGUGGGCUCGUUUAGUAGUGCGCUCACUUCUAAAGGGUAUAGGCUAUCGAGUCACCCCUGAGUAUCUCACCAAAAAGCUACACACGGUUCCCAAGGAACUGAACGAGCUGUUCGACCAAAUGCUAGGCUCUGUGGACCCUGAGGAUCGAGUUCUAUCAGACAAGCUGUUUCUAAUCGCGACCAUAGCUCAGCACCCUGUGUUAGAACAGCCACUUCUCAAAAAUGCUUUCUUAUAUCUAUGGCUGGAAGAUCCGGACGACCCGAAGUUCCCUCUAAAUCGACCCAUGCAUGCGUACUCAGACUCCGAUAUCGAUGAGCGGAUCCAGGACGUAACAUGUCUUGUGGACCGCUUAUCGCGAGGUCUACUAGAAGUAACACACCAACAACACCAGCAGGAUAAAUAUUUCGCAUUCGAAGUGCGAUUCACUCACCGUACUGCCUAUGAUUACAUCUUCAAUACCUGGCUACCACGAAUGCAAAAGCGCACACCUAAAUUCGAUAUCAAUCUCGCGACAGUACAACUCUUACUCGCUCAGUUCAAGCACGCCCGAGCAAGGCCUGCGGAUGUAGAGCCAUGGCCACCAGUUCAGCUAUGGAAACCGACAAACCUGUUGCAUCACUUCCAAUCUACAUUUGAUUAGAUAUCCGCCAUCAAUAAGGCCGGAUACGCGAUCCCUUCGCAAUAUCUGGAAGAAUUCGGCAAAUUCCUCGAGGGCUAUGCUCGAUGCGUGCGAAUCCCAACAAAAGAACGCCGCUCUCCCCUUCAAAACGUCCGCUGGGGCUCGAAAAUGGCCGCGAUUUACUCUCUUCAUAUGGCAUGGACCGCUCGUCCACUCUCCUACAUCUGCUGGCUUCUACGGUAUGGACUCGAACAGUGUCUUUCUCCAGAUGCAUUGGAUCGCCUGGAAUGUCAGUAUACCAACAUCGCAGGAGGUGCAAAUUUGCUUCUGUCAGCU